AUGGAGCCACACUCACCGCUCUUGACGAGACGACAAGCUCUUUUGGAGGAUCGCAACCCAUUGGCUGAGAGAUACUCGCCAACUCGACGAUAUUCGAGCUUUCAGGAUCAGAAAAAGUGCCAACAGAUGCUGGAGAGCAUCGAGACGCCCACCCACUGCGCUCUACUCCUGCGCUCUGGGAAGGAAUACCACUGCCCAAAGCGGCUUGGCCUCUCGCUAUCUGCACUACCACCGGUGCCGCACACACCCCACAGCGCGCGGACGACGAAACAGGAAGUCAAGCCACUUCGCUUUGGUGCGGCCACGGCGCGGGAGUCCACGAGUGUUCGCAGCCGUCUUGAGCGAAAUCAGGCGGAGCGCAUCUCCGAGCCGCUUCGGGCUGUGAAGCAGAUGGCAGGCGAGCAACCCUCUUCAAAGUGGCAUCCGGGCCUCCAUCACUGGGUGCAGCUGCGCACCUGGCGCCACGAGCGGCACGGCGGCCAAGCAGGCCAAAAGACAGCACCACCUUUGCAGCGCUACGCGAAGGUAUGCCAGGAUUGCGGCUUGCAGCCGCAGCAGGCAGUCGUUGGUUUCCUGGGGCAGAAACUCCCAUUCCUCGAUCUUCGUGGCCUGGGCUACUCGGAUGAGGACUUGCUGGCACUGGCUGCUGCCUUUCCCUACACAGGAACCUUGGAAAGACUCGAUCUUGGCCAGAACUCCAAGCUUACGAACCGAUCUGUUUGCCCGCUACUGGAAUGUGUGGCUGCCAGAUUUGCUGACAUGUUGGCGGCGCUUUACCUGGACAAGUGCAUCCAAAUUGGCCGUGAGGCAAUGCAGCUCCUGACACAGCUAAUUCUUGGCCCGAUGGUGAACCUCCAGCGCCUGGAUAUCUCGGGAGUCUAUGUCAGCAUCGCGGAUUAUCAGAAACUCGCUGGUGCAAUUGAGAGGCACGAGCGCCUCCAAGAAGUGUCAUUGGCAAGGACGGGCAUAAGCCCAGAUCUCUCCACCAAGAUCAUCCCAAGCCUGGUCCGAAACACUCGGAUCCUGAAGCUGGACCUCGGGUACAAUAAUUUCGACCCGGAGGCAUUCACGGUGCUGGGAAACAGCCUUCUCAAAGGCAGCCGUUUGGAAUAUCUCGGCUUGGCGAAGACGGCGUCUGUCAUGGCGUCGGUGCCCAUGUGCGGCUUUCUGGAGCAGCUGCCAGCAGAUAGGUGCCUCAAGUUCUUGGAUCUGUCGGACAACCAGUUGGACGAAAGUUCAGCGCUGAUGCUUGAGUAUGGCUUCCUGAAUCAUCCGACUAUCGAGUUGCUGGAUGUUUCCACGAAUCCACUGGGGCAGAAUGGGCUCUGCGCACUUUUGCGCCUCCUCUCCAACGAGCAGUGCCCCGAGCUUUGCAACCUCCUCCUCGAGGAUGUGCAGACAGCUUCGGACGGCGACGUGGCACUGGGCCUCUUCGAUGUUGAUCCGUCUGGGCAGUACUCACUGGACAUGGCCAUGGCUGGUCAGCGUACUUGUUUCCGGCUGUUGCUCACAAACCUGGCACAGCUGGGUGGCAGCCGGAGCCAAUACAUCAAGAGUGCCAUGCUCACCAGUUCUUCCACACAACCUCCAACGCCGUACAACGUGGAUGGCGUGCGCAAAAGGCGCGGUGUCUGGAACGUGCCUACAUCCGGCAUCCUGAGCUUUGUGUUGAGUCUGAACGACUAUUUCUUGAAGGACGAAGGGGACAACUCGGUCCUCUACUCCGAAGUUGUAGAAAGGAUGCUGCUGAAGAGGAAGCGGACAUGGGCAUCCAAGAAGAAGACUUUUGCAGUUCUGCAAAAGGUGAACUCUAUGGAAGGGCCCCUCUUCGAUGCCUUCCUCAUGGCGCUGCUGAGGGACUUUCACUUGAACAAAGACCAGGUGAUGGCCAUCUACAUGAACCAAGGGGACAAGGCCAAAGAGACGCUGAUCCGCAUGCUGCCCGCCAUCAUCCAUCCCCGGGCUCUGCUGCAUGCGGCCCAAAACACCGACUCGAUCAAGGACAUCCUGGAUUUCGAAAGAUCUGCGAGGGCCCCACUGUCUCUGAAUCUGGAAAACCCCACAGGGCAUUAUGCCCUGCGACUUGAACACCUUCCCACUCGAAGUGUCGUUCAGAAGCUCCUGCUGCUGAACCGAUGGCAGCUACACCUCUGGCGGAAAGCCAACCUCGUCGAUGUCAGCAUCGAUGGCAAGGGGAAGUGCCUCCGGAAUGCCUUGCUGGACGGAAAAUCUCUCAGCUUCUCCGAUGCUGACUGGCGCAUCCCUCCGCAAGGGCUGCUGACCUUUGACUUUGUGGCGUUGUACAGGCCGCCUGCAGCGGCCAAGCCAAUCCCCAUCGAGACGUGGGGGAAUGUGCUUGCAGCACUGCAGGCUGAAUUGGCGCCGAAGAAGAAGGAAGACAUGAAAGUCGAGGAGGAUCCUCAGAGCAGCCUGAAGAUAAGCCAGGCGAUCUGGGCGCUUCGGGGCAUCAGCUCAAGAGUUUGGAUCCUCUCGCGGCAGCUGCGAAACCUCCUGUGCGUUUUCCUGCACCGAGAUGACCGGGCCACAGUGCUUUGCAUGAUGUUCCUGCGAUGCGUGGACUGGCCCAUCAAUGGCAAGUGUUGUCAACCAAAGUUCACGAAACCGCACUGGAAGAGCCUGAGUGAAAAGCUGGGCUACAUGAACCUUUUCCCGUACGGGCAGCCAGAGAUGUCCUUUCACACAAUCGACCUUGCCCAGUGGGAACAGCGACGAUGCCUGCACACACUCGUCCGCCUGUCAAAUGCGGAAGAUGCAGUGAACAUCAAGAAUCCCGUGAUGGACAAAGAUGCGAACCCAAAUGCCCCUGCCUUCCAGCCUUUCGUUGCAGGCAUUCCAAACUCCUGGGCCGAGUGGGACAAUGUGCCGGCCCAGGGAAUCAUGCAGUGCACCUACAACUGUGCGGUGGACCGCCAAAAUCUCAAGGUCCGAAGGCGGCUUGCAGCAACGAUAGGGGGCUGGGCACACCUGCCGGACACGGCCUUCGACUUCUGGUCGUGCUUGGAGGAUGUGCCACCGGAAGUCCUCAAGGUGGUGGUCUUCAUGAUCCGCAACUGGAAAAGCACUGAUGCAGCCUUUACUGCCCUGAACACGCAGCCAGACAACAUGCUGAACCACAAGGAGUUCGUGGAUGGCCUAGCGAAAGCCGGCUGCUGCCGCACGCGAAGGCCCAAGAUGCGAACGAUGACGAUGUCAGUGGCGCUGGGCUCAAGAGGACUACCUGGAAGUCCCUCCGGCACAGAGCCCGAGAGCGAGGACACUGGACAGUUGGAGGCCUUGUCCAGCGUGUUCCGAUACUUGGAUACCUCACAUGAUGGCGACAUCUCACGGCGGGAGUUCGAGACGCUGGAGCGCGUUUGGCGCGAGCUUCAACAAUCCAUGUAUGAGCUGAAGAAUGACUUGGAGAUCUUCUACGGAUCGCUGACGAAGGCCUUCGAAGCCAUCGAUCAGGACGAGAGCGGCGCGAUCUCCUUCGAAGAGUUCCGAAAGUGUGUUGAGGCAACGCAGUUUGACGGGCCCGUCACGGAGAUCUUCAUGUUUGUUGACAUGAAUGGGGACCAGGAGAUUGACGGUGAGGAGUUUUUCAUCCUUGAAGAAUAUAGUCACGCGCCCCCCUUGCCGGACUUCACGGAUGCCAAGACUGCAAAGAUGGCCAGACUCCUCCAAAAAUAG